AUGGAAUUUCAAAGGGAAGGUUUCACUGUAAUUACAAAAGGGUAUGAUGCAUUCAUUAACCACCGGGGCCCUGACGUCAAAGAGUCUAUUGCUUCAGAAAUUUACAAUUGUCUGCAGCUUAUGGGAUAUCGCCCAUUUCUUGAUCAGCCCGAAUUGGAAGCGGGAGAUCCAAUUCCUUCUGCCAUACAAAAUGCCAUAAACACUUCCAUUGUUCAAAUCUCCAUCUUCUCACCACGAUAUGCAGAGUCCUCUUGGUGUCUAGACGAGCUGCUUCUCAUGUUGAAAACCAAGGUUCGUUUUAUUCCUGUAUUUUGUGAUGUGAAACCUUCUGAUCUUCGCUACCUUCACAAGGGAGUUUAUGCGCGUGCUUUCGCUGACCAUAAAGAAAAGGGGAGGUUCAGCAACGAGAGGCUUCAACAGUGGGAAGAAGCCCUCAAAUCUUCGUCACUCUUCUGCGGCUACAAUUUCAGCACGUCUAAUGGCUAA